AUGUUGGUUUCUUCUAUUGUUGCUUUAGUUGUAUUAGCGACUAUUAAUUUAAAUGUUUAUGCUUAUAAAUCCUAUUCAAAGUAUCAAUUAUGGCGUUUACAUCCUACAAAUAAUGAACAAGUCGCUAAAUUACUUGAGUUUAGUCAUCAAGCAUAUGAACACAAAAUCAAUUUUUGGUCUGAAAAAUUUCGAACAAAUAUUCCGAUUGAUGUUAGUAUAGCACCUGAAUCUGUUAAUAGUUUUAGUGAAUAUUUAUCAUCAGAUAAUAUGAAAAUAAAAUAUGAUGUUAUUAUGAAAGAUAUUGGUUCUGUUAUUGAAGAACAACAAUUAGUUCAUAAAUUUUCACCAUCAUAUGGAAAGGCUAACGAAUUUGCGUAUGAUAAAUAUCAUCCACUUGAUGAAAUUCAUUCAUGGAUUGAUUCAAUGGUUGAAACAUAUCCAUCAUUAGCAACAUCAUUUGUAAUUGGACAAUCAUAUGAAAAUCGUCCGUUGAAAGGUUUGAAAAUAUCGUCGAAUAAAACAGCAGUUAAACUUGAUAAUACUCCAGUAAAUCAAAAAAAGGCUAUUUGGUGGGAUGGAGGUAUUCAUGCUCGAGAAUGGAUCAGUCCAGCAACGAAUAUUUAUAUUGCCUAUGCACUUUUAUCAAAUUAUGGCAAAGAUUCAACAAUUACUCAUUUGGUAGAUCAAUUUGAUUAUUAUAUUUUACCAGUAUUCAAUGUAGAUGGUUAUGUAUACACAUGGACAAAUGAUCGAUUAUGGCGUAAAACUCGAAGUAAAACAUCUGAUACUGGUUGCUUUGGUACUGAUCCAAAUCGUAAUUGGGAUUAUCAUUGGUGUGAAAAUGGUUCUUCACCUGAUCCAUGUAGUGAUUCUUAUUGUGGAAGUAAACCAUUUUCAGAAGUUGAAACAGCACAAGUAGCACAAUUUCUUAGUAAUCAUAAUGAUACAAUUGUACAUUAUAUUAAUUUUCAUGCAUUUUCACAAUAUUGGAUGGUACCAUGGGCUUAUACAACAACAAGACCAGCAGAAUUUAAAUUACUAGAUGAUGGAUCAGCUGAAGCUGUUCAAGCAAUUAUGGCUGUUGAGAAUACGAAAUAUACUCAUGAUAGUGUUGCCCAAAUUAUUUAUGUUGCAUCUGGUAGUACAGUUGAUUGGACAUAUGGUACAGCUAAUAUAAUAUUUAGUUAUGGUGUAGAACUUCGAGAUACUGGUGAUUAUGGGUUUUUAUUACCGGAAAAUCAAAUUAUUCCAACUGGUAAAGAAACAUUAGCUGGUGAAUUAGCUUUAUUGAAAUAUAUUGAAAGACAUGUGUUAGGUGGUAGUUCACACAUUUCUAUCCACUGUGUUUUUGUAUAUGUGUUCCUCCCAUUUUCUCUCCUUUAUAUUUUCUUUUCGUUCUCCUAUUAA